AUGAAGUUUCCCGAGCUGGAUGGUGACCCUCUAAUUGACGAUAUAAUUGUUAAAUGUUGGCACGACGAAGAUGUCACGAUUGCGGAGUUGGCCGCACACAUAAGGAAGCUCCUCCCUGAAAGAUCCAUCGAAAAGGAGAGCGACUCCGAAAUAAUCUCCACUCCUCGAUGGCGUACGAUUAUUUGUCGUGUCAUUCGUGGGUUAUUGAACACUGUGAGAUACUGGUGUGAAUUGGUGCUCCGUCGCAAGGGCGCGAGAACCAACCCUAAAGUAGUCAACAGCGGAGAACCAGAUGGUCACAGCUGUGACGUGGAUCAAAACCACCCGGCAGAAGAGUUCCCUCCGGGGAGAGCAUACUGCCAGGACCUGGAGAAGCGUGGACUUUUAGAUUUGCUUUCGUCUGGAGAGCCCGAGAAACUUGGGUUCACUCUCGAGUGGUAUAGGCAUACUUGUUCCGGGUAA